UCGCAGCCGGGUCGCGGCGGUCUCGGUGCCCCGAGCCGGGGGCGCGGAGUCGGUCCCGGGGCGCGGCCCCCGUCAGCCCGAGUCGCCGUCUCCGCCCGUGCCCGCCCCGUCGCCCCGGCCCGGCCCCGCGGCGCGCCGCGUCCCCCGAUGGCGGCGGAGGUGCAGCCGCAGCCGCUGACCCGCAAGCCCAUCCUGCUGCAGCGGGUCGAGGGGUCCCAGGAGGUGGUGAACAUGGCGGUGCUCGUGCCCAAGGAGGAGGGCGUCAUCAGCGUGUCGGAGGACAGGACCGUUCGUGUGUGGCUAAAGAGAGAUAGCGGACAGUAUUGGCCAAGCAUAUACUAUGUGAUGCCUUCUCCAUGUUCAUGCAUGUCUUUUAACCCGGAAACAAGAAGACUGUCCAUAGGUCUAGACAAUGGUACAAUCUCAGAGUUUAUUUUAUCAGAAGAUUAUAACAAGAUGACUCCCGUGAAAAACUAUCAAGGUGGGGUGACCGCCCUGUGUUGGGACCCUGUCCAGCGAGUGUUGUUCUCGGGCAGCUCGGAUCACUCGGUUAUCAUGUGGGACAUCGGUGGGAGAAAAGGAACAGCCAUCGAGCUCCAAGGACACAACGACAAGGUCCAGGCCCUGUCCUACGCGCAGCACACGCGGCAGCUCAUCUCGUGUGGCGGAGACGGCGGGAUCGUGGUGUGGAACAUGGACGUGGAGCGGCAGGAGACCCCGGAGUGGCUGGACAGUGAUUCCUGCCAGAAGUGUGAUCAGCCUUUCUUCUGGAACUUCAAGCAAAUGUGGGACAGUAAGAAAAUUGGCCUGAGACAGCACCACUGCCGCAAGUGUGGGAAGGCCGUCUGUGGCAAGUGCAGCUCCAAGCGCUCCUCUAUCCCCCUGAUGGGCUUCGAGUUCGAAGUGCGGGUCUGCGACAGCUGCCACGAGGCCAUCACCGACGAGGAACCGUGCGGGUGGCAAGGCCUGCUUUCUGCCAAGAGGUACGUGUCCUCUCGUGCGACAGGGAAGCAGAGUCCGCACGGAGGAUUCCUGUGCUCUGUGCUCUUCUCCACCGCGGGGGACGUGCACUGCAAACCCUCCCAUCCCUUCAUUCCCUUGAGGGUUGCUCGGGACUGCAGGAACCCAGGCUGCACUUUCCAGCCCAAGUUCAUAUUUUUUUUAAGAUUUUAUUUCCAUAUUUAUUAGAGAGAGAGAGAGAGCGUGCGUGUGCACAUGUCCAAGCAGGGGGAGCAGCAGGCAGAGGCAGAGGGAGAAGCAGGCUCCCCACCGAGCAGGGGGCCCAAUGUGGGGCUCCAUCCCAGGACCCGGGGUCACGACCUGAGCCGAGGGCCGACACUCAACCGUGGAGCCCCCGGGUGCCCCCACCAAGCUGGUAUUCUUACGGGGCUAAGUCAGCCCAUGGGCUCCACAGGCUGCAUUUCUCAGGAGGAGCUAAGCCACUUUCCCCAGGAGCCCAGUACUUCCGGCUGCUCCAUUGUAGUCUUGUGGUCUUGUCUUGCCGAUGACCUACGACCUCAGCUGGCUGCACGGCCGUGGGCCCUGGGGCGCACGUGGAAGGGUGCAUCUGCGUGACCCCCUCAAUGCCGCGAAUGGCCGACUGCCCCAAACGUAAGCAGAGCACUCAGCAGCAAGUUCCCCUUUUAACGAACGACGGCAGGAUCUCCCAGGAAGCUCGUCCGCCCAAUUCUGUGAAGAUUUGCUAAGGAGAAGCUUGCAGGCUCCCCCACCUCGUAUAUCGUAGAAGCGUUUCAAGUGCGAGGUGGGUGUCUUGGAACAGCAUGUAAGUAGGAAUGUAGUUAAGAUGCACCACAGGAAGUCAGCGUUUAAAGGAAAGUCCUGGCAAUUAAUAAGCCAAAGCAUCCUCUUAAUGGAUAACCCUAAUUUAUGUGUUUUUUCAUUCUUACUUAUCCAUAGCAAAUAUAAAUUAAGAUGCCCUUGCAUCAGCAAGCAUUUAUGUUCAUUGAUUAUUUUCCGCUCAUCAUAUGUGUUGAAAUUAAUAAGAGAGUUCUUCGUAUUAAAUUAGAGAGCUUGCAAGAGACUUGUGAGAUAUUGUAAAUUAAUUAUUCAUGUUGUAGAUAAAGACACAGACCCAGAGAGCCUAAGCAACUGCACGUUAAGCUCAAAUCUUGAAUUCUAAAUGUUUUAAAGUGAUCGUCUUAGGAUCCUGAAGAUCUGUUCUGCAGACCUAGCCCCGGGCCACCACUGGCUUCGGAGAGCCCCUGCAGAGGGGCCUGAUGGCGGACCUGGCACCUCCUCCCCCGGGUCCCCGUCUCUUCUGCGCCCCCGGCAUCGCCUCCUGACCACCAGGCAGGUGGUGGACCACAAGCCUUCUCACCAAAAAAAAUUGCAUCAUUUUAAAAAUACUAAUGUUUGCUUAUGGACUAUUUGACUCGUUCAAGUGUUGGAAUGUCCUGGAAAGAGUAAGCCUGCAGCUGCCCCAGGGAGAUGAGGAGAAGGCACGGGCUGCUCGUCAGCGGGGAUGGUGACAGUAUCUGAGGCUUUGUAACAGCUGUGCUCUUGGGUUUUUUUUUUUUUAAAUAGGCACAGGUAGCUGUUCUCCCAGAGGGUCCUUCUGAGACUUGGCAAAAGCACGGAGGUGUUUGUUUUAGGACUCGUCAAAGACAGAGAUGGAGGUUUUCAUAGACUCUUAUCAGGGCAGCUAGUGGUCCCAAGACUUGGGGGAGCGUCGUCAUCUCUUUCCCAUUUCGGAGAAGACAGGAAUCCUUUUCACUUUUUAAAACAAAAAGGGGCUCCUGGGUGGCUCCGUCGGUUAAGGGUCCAGCUCCUGGUUUCGGCUCAGGCUGUGAUCUCAGGGUGGUGGGAUCCAGCGCCCUGUCGGGCUCCAGGGUCAGCGUGGAGUCUGCUUGAGAUUCUCCUCCCCACCCCACCCCCCAACCCUCCACCC